CAGUAUGAAUCGCUGGAGCACUCCUCCGUAAUCGUCACAUAACACAUUUGCACGUAAGUGCUUCCCAGUUAGGCGGAGAAGCAAAAAGUACAUUUUCUUCCUCCAUUAAAAGAAACCCAAACCAGUUCGCCAUUGAAGAGUUGAAGCUGCAGAAAAAGCUUUUUCAAGGCAAUCCAUACGAAUUGUUCAUGCAGAAAGCUAAAAGCAGUUAUCGGGACGCAGCGACUGCAGGUUGUUCUACUUGAGCAUGUCAGAUGAAUGCAGUCGAGUAUUGCAGAAUUUGUAGGGUCCAAAGAAUCUCGUGUACCUUUAGUAAACUGGCUCUUUUCGGAAAAAAAAGUCGCGGUUUAAAGAAGUGAAAAGAGUGUAAGAAGAGGGGUUGAGAAGAUCUUGCUGAAGGUUUUCUCGGUUUCUAGGAACAGAGUAACCACUGUUUUACAGUAAUUUAAGUUGAGCCGUUUGGAUUUUCGGUAUUGCAGAGCAGAAUUGUGGGUAGAAUUUCGGAGUACAGAAGACAAAGCAAAAAUGGUAACCAGAACAGUGGACCUUCGAUCUGACACAGUCACCAAACCAACUGAAGCAAUGCGAGCUGCCAUGGCAAAUGCUGAUGUUGAUGAUGAUGUCUUGGGUGUGGAUCCAACAGCCUAUCGCUUUGAAGCAGAGAUGGCCAAGGUCAUGGGUAAAGAGGCAGCACUGUUUGUUCCUUCAGGCACUAUGGGUAACCUCAUAAGUGUACUUGUCCACUGUGAGAUUAGAGGAAGUGAAGUCAUUCUUGGAGACAAUUCCCAUAUCCAUGUUUAUGAGAAUGGAGGCAUUUCUACAAUUGGGAAUGUUCAUUCAAAGACUGUGAAAAAUAAUUCAGAUGGAACAAUGGAUAUUUCUUUGAUUGAAGCUUCUAUAAGAGAUCCUGAAGAGGAGCUUUAUUACCCAACUACUAGGCUUAUAUGCUUGGAGAAUACACAUGCAAAUUGCGGUGGCAGAUGCCUCACUGUUGAAUAUACAAACAAGGUAGGAGAGGUUGCUAAAAAGCAUGGGUUGAAGCUCCACAUAGAUGGAGCACGCAUUUUUAAUGCAUCGACUGCACUUGGAGUUCCUGUUAGUAAGCUCGUACAAGCUGCUGAUUCAGUUUCAGUUUGUCUGUCUAAAGGUUUGGGAGCUCCAAUUGGAUCUGUCAUUGUAGGAUCAAAAAGCUUCAUUGCCAAGGCUAAGAGGCUCAGGAAGACCCUGGGUGGUGGGAUGAGGCAGGUCGGUAUUCUUUGUGCUGCUGCUUAUGUUGCAUUGCAUGAAAAUGUGGGUAAGCUUGAGGAUGAUCACAAGAAAACAAAAAUUUUAGCAGAUGGGAUUAAUCAGAUCAAGGAACUAAGUAUAGAUAUGUCUUCAAUAGAGACAAAUAUUAUAUUUUUUGAUAUAUUGGAGGGCUCAAACGUCACAGUAGAGAAGCUUGUCCAGUUCCUGGAAAAACAUGGUAUACUUGUGAUGCCAGCAAGCUCGUCCAGCAUCAGGCUUGUUCUCCACCACCAAAUUUCAGAAUGUGAUGUCCAGUAUACUUUGUCAUGCAUUCAGCAAGCUGUUCAACUCCAAGUUGAAAAUGUUAGAAAUUGAGAUUUGUCUGGUGGCCCUCGAUGACUCCUGCUCUGUCUCAGAAGAAUGACUUCCUUUUCUUGUUAGAAAGAUGUUUGGAGGUUGAAAUAAUAGGAAAUAUGUGCUGUGUCAAAUUUGUGAACUCUGGAUAUUUUGUUUCUAGUUUAUUUUUUUUUCCUUUACCUACUUAUCAAAAGCAUUUCUUCUUCUUCCAUUUCCUUUUACCUAUCCAAAGAAUUCUAUUUCCAUUUUCAUUUCUCAAGCAAUUUCUAUGGCUUUUGUAGGUUUUAUUUACCAUGUCUAUCAUCAUAGCAUUAUCACAGUCUUUGAGUUGGUUGCGUGAA